UGAGAAAGUGGCCCUCACUGGACUCACUUACAUGCAAUGCAAUAAACGAAGCUUUUCACGUCCAGAUUCUCUUUCUAUCCUUUUCUAGCUCAUGAGAACGUCACCAAACAUCAUCGUCACUGGUACGCCAGGCGUGGGCAAGACGACGCACUGCGAAGAGCUCGCUAGGCGUACAGGCCUCAAGCACCUCUCAGUCAACCAAGUUGUCAAAGAUCGGGAGUGUCACGAGGGUUGGGACGACGAGUUUCAGAGUUGGAUUGUUGACGAAGACAAGUUGCUCGAUGCCAUUGAGGGUGACGUUCAGGAGGGGGGCUACAUCAUUGACUGGCACGCCUGCGACUUAUUCCCCAAAAGUUGGAUUGACCUCGUAGUUGUGCUGCGUGUGGACUCGACAACACUCUAUGACCGUCUAUCAGCAAGGAAGUAUCCCGAGGCCAAGCUUCAGGAGAAUCUAGAUUCGGAGAUCAUGGAGGUUCUACUUCAAGAGGCUAGGGAGGCUUUUGAUGAAGAAAUAGUUAUCGAGCUUAUGAGCAAUACAUCCGAUGAAAUGGAUACCAACAUUUCGAGGGUGGAGGCUUGGCUUGAGCAAUGGAAGAACGACCACUCGUCAUGAUGGGACGGACGAGAAGGAGUGACGAAGUAACAAGAAUCGGACUAUGAGCUUGGUUCCCCUGUGAGACUAAGUUUUCUCCGGGAUAGAGAGGGAUGACAGAGUAAAGAGAAGUGCUGGCGAUGUUAUUUCCAGGUUGGGAAAGCGAGGUGCAUGGACAUAUUCGUACCCAAAAGGUAUUCGUACCCAAAAGGGCCUUAGAUGUGGUCUCUCUAAAAGUUUUCGUUCAGUCCCCUACAUUAACCACGCAAGGAUCUGUUCGGGAGUCAUUACUAUGCCUCGAUGGUGGGCCCAGCACGCCCAAGUCUUUUCUACGCCUGCGACAUCCAACUAUGACAUAUGCAGGUAGCCGACGUCAGUAAGGUGGAUAAUGCAACAGGGUACCAUAACAUUUUUCCCACAUUGAGACAAAGAGUUCGAUGGGGUCAAUGCCAAAUCUCUUACG